CUUUUGUGAAUUUCUUGUGUUUUUCAGUUAUAAAUUUUGGAUUUUAGGGCUUAGCAUGAGAGGAGUAUGCUCGGCCGGCUAUGCAUGGAUUUGGGGAUUUUUGGGCUUACGGGCUACUCUGUUAUUGCCAGUGGUUCCUUGCGCCACCACCAUCGUCUGCGUUCACCAAGUCACCUGCGGGCUUAGAAUGAGAGGAGUAUGCUCAGGCAAUGCAUGGAUUUGGGGAUUUUUGUGCUUACGGUUUGAUCUGAAAUCAUCAGCAGCAAAGGAAGACCAUAUGGUGAUUUUGAAAUCAUCAAGAGCAUGCCUAGUGAACAUUAAUACAGUCAUUCCUUGCAUAUCCAAUGAUUUGCAUUUUUAUCUUCAGAUAUACAGGGGAGCAUGAUGCAACGCCAACUUACUGGCUUAAGUUGGCUUAGUCAUCUCUACGCUUCUUGGCUAUGUGAGUUGGAAUUUAUUCACCUCACUUGGACUCACCUCCUCCACGAUGGGUUCAUCACGUUGCACACGGAUUGCAUCAGAAUUAAUUCAAGCUUUGUAAUGGUUCACAGAGAAGACUGAAUGAAUAUGCUUUUUAUUUUGUGUAUGUCUUAUAAAAGACACCACAGUGAUGGUUUAGUACAAUUUUUU